UGCUGUGUGUAGUGUAAUCUCUACAUGGUUGUCUUCUUUUUGUUUCCAGAUGGUGUUCCUGUUUUGGAUUUGACGUCUCUCUUCCUCCCAAAUCUGACUGAGAUCCCUUCAGCUCAUAGAAACUUAGAUCCUGCCGUAUACAAUGAUGUUAAGAAAACAUCUGACAGUUGCACCAUUGCUGAUACUUGUGAUGAGUGUCUUCAGAGGACAUACCCUCACAUGUCAUCCAACAGAGUAUCAGAUUGGGGGUCAAUGCUGUCCUAUGUGUCCUGUUGGAAGUCGAGUUAGAAAACAUUGCACAGAGUCCAGAAGUACUUCCUGUCUGAAUUGUGAUGAGGGAACAUUCAUGGAUCGUCCUACAGGGCUUACAGAAUGUUUUCCCUGUGUACGCUGUGAUUCAGGUUCUGGUGUAAAGAUAAAGACAGCAUGUACGGCUACAUCAAAUACAGUUUGUGAACCACUGGAGGGAUUCUACUGUCUGUUCUCUUCAGAAAACGGCUGUGUGGAAGCACAGAAACACAGAAGCUGUCAACCAGGACAAUAUAUCAGCCAAACAGGAACAGCAUUAAAGGACACUGAGUGCUCUGACUGCAGAGAUGGAACAUUUUCAGAUGGGACAUUAUUGACAUCGUGUCAGCCACACACACAAUGUCAAUCAUUGAAUCUUCAGCUGAUAAAACCAGGAACUGCUUCAACGGAUGCUGAAUGUGGAGAACAAAGUUCAGGAGCUGUGAUCGGCGUUGUUGUGGUUGUGAUAUGUUUAUUGAUCAUACUCGCAAUAGCUCUGUUGUUCGUGCUGCGUCUCAAAAAGAAGAAAUACACAGAAAGAAAAAGUGUGGAUGUGAUAAAUAAACACAGAGACAGUUAAUCGGAUACUGCAGAGGAAAGUUCCAGGUUCAAUAAAAUCCAGUUGGAUGCUGGCACAUUGUAAGUUGUACAGAAAUGAAUCAGUCCAAGGUGAAUUUUGGGCCCUGUGCUCCAAAGUGAACACCUGCUGGUCUGCAGCCUGCAUCACUAUCUUACAGAGAUGUUACUGGACAGAGACUAGUCAGUCUGGAGUAACAGCUUGGAGCAAGUCACAGACUAAGUAUGUAACGUAUCAUAACUUCUGCUCCAUCUCUCUCACCUGUACAUUUUGCUGCUUGUACAGUGAGCUCUCCUUGUGUGGAACGCCUUAAAGGCCAACAUCUUCCCAUCCCUGUCAUUACAAGCCACAGAUCACACAGACAUCAUGUGUCUGAAGGCAGGUCUCAUCAGAGAUCAAACACCUGGCCCCUGCCCCCGCGGCCUCUUGCCUCUACUGAAGCCACUCCUGACCAAGCUUCUGUCAGGACGCCUCUGCUCAACGCUCGCUCCCUUACCAACAAG